AUGACUUGGGAUCAUCAGGCUCAGAGGUGGUGCUUCAAGGGUGAAGCACAGACAACUACCCCUACAUCUCCCCCUGAGCUGGGACAGAGACAGCAGGCUGUGGAUGUGUCGCCACUGCACCUUGUAAAUCAGGCCAUCAGGCUGCUGUGCACAGGAUCUCCUGAGGCUUCUUUCCAGAACAACAAGACCAUUGCUGAAUGCCUUGCAGAUGAGCUCAUCAGUGUUGCCAAGGGUUCCUCCAACUCCUACACCAUCAAGAAGAAAGAUGAACUUGAAUAUCGACUGCAGAUAGCUUUUGUUAGUGAAAAAUUCAUAGUGACUGGAUUGACUAGACCAGUCUUGACUCCAUUGGGUGGAACUCUGGAAAUCAGUUGUCAGUUGUCUCCACCACAACAUGCACAGCACAUGGAGAUUCGCUGGUUCAGGAACCAUUAUACACAGCCAGUGUACCUGUACAGGGAUGGUAAAGACCUGCAUGGAGAAACUAUCUCCAAGUAUGUGGAGAGGACUGAACUCCUGAAAGACCCCAUUGGGAAGGGGAAAGUGACCCUCAGGAUCUUUAAUGUGACUGUUGAUGAUGAUGGGCCAUACCGCUGCUUCUUCAAAGAUGGUGAAUUUUAUGAAGAGCACAUCACAGAGGUCAAGGUCACAGUCACGAGCUCAGACAUACAGAUUCUUAUGCAUUCCCCUAAUACCAAAGGUGUGAUGUUGGAGUGUCAUUCAGGAGGUUGGUUCCCACAACCUCAUAUGGAAUGGAGAAACAGCAAAGGAGAAAUCAUUCCAGCAACAUCAAAAUCCCAUUCACAGGAUGGAAACAAAUUGUUCAACAUGACAAUGGCCCUUUUUAUUGAAGCCAAUUCCCACAGGAAUGUCACUUGCUAUUUUCAAAACUGUCUAACUCACCAAGAAGAAAGCAUAAGUAUUGUCCUAUCAGGUGAACUAUUUUCAUGGAAAUGUGUUUGGAUGUGGAUUAUGAGUAUGAUAGCAUCUGUGCUGAUAGCCUUCCUUGUGACGUACUGUGUUCAGCAAUAUCUCAUAUAUGGUAACUGCUCUGAGAGAUUUUCUUAUUUGUUAAAGGGCUCAGUGCUACUCAUGACUUCAGUGCUUGCAAUUAUGGGAGUAAUACUCAUUUUACAUCUAAAACAAAGAGUCACAGUUUCAGAUCCUCGUUUUGAAUUGGACACUUUGUGGUUAGAAGAUAUUAGUGUGAUCCUGUGUAUGCUGAUAGGGUUCAUCAUCAAGCUUGUUUCAUUUAUUUACUUCAGACUGUAA